AAUUAAAGUUUUUUCCUAGGGUCUUAGGAUCUCCCUGCCACUCCCUCUCCGAGGUCUAAUUACAAGUUCAAGCAUAUCGUCCUAAGAUAAUCAGCACACAUUCGUUAUUCUCAGAGUACUGCUCUUCCUCUCUAAGAUCGUACAUUCAGCUUAUAACAUUUCAUGGAAGGAACUGAUAAUGUGCUUCUUCAACCACCAACUUUUGGAAAUCUAAUAACAGUUCUCAGCAUUGACGGGGGUGGAAUAAGAGGACUUAUCCCUGGAACCAUCAUUAAUUUCCUAGAAUCUGAACUUCAGAAAUUGGAUGGCGAGGAUGCAAGAAUAGCGGACUAUUUUGACGUGAUUGCGGGGACAAGCACCGGUGGUCUAGUUACUGCCAUGCUAACCUGUCCCGAUGAAAAUAGUCGUCCAAUGUUUGCCGCCAAAGAUAUCAAGGAUUUCUACCUGAAUCAGUGCCCCAAAAUCUUCCCGCAACCAAGCUUUGGCUGCAGGUGUUCAUUAUUUACUCAAGUGAAAAAGGUGAUCAAAGCUUUAACAGGGCCAAAAUAUGACGGGAAAUAUCUACAUGGCCUCGUUAAGGAACUACUAGGGAACCGAAGAUUGCACCACACAUUGACUAAGGUCGUAAUCCCAACAUUUGAUAUCAAAACAUUCCAACCAACCAUCUUUUCGAGCUUUGAGGCUAAGAAAAACCAUUCCUUGGAUGCAUUACUCUCUGACAUAUGCAUUGCAACCUCAGCUGCCCCCACUUAUCUUCCAGCCCAUUAUUUUGAAACCAAAGAUGAACAAACAGGGGAAGUGAGGGAAUUCAACCUUAUAGACGGUGGGGUUGCUGCAAACAAUCCGGCUUUGAUUGCUAUUAGCGAAGUUACAAAAGAAAUCGUUAAGGGGAGCCCAGACUUCUUUCCUAUAAAACCAAUGGACUACGGGCGGUUUUUGUUAAUAUCCUUAGGAACUGGGUCGCCUAAAGCUCAAGAAAAAUAUAAAGCAACUGAAGCAGCUAAAUGGGGUUUAUUGGGUUGGUUAACAAGCGGUGGUUCCACCCCGGUGAUUGAUGCCUUUAGUCAUGCAAGUGCAGACAUGGUUGAUCUGCACAUCUCAGUGGUGCUUCAGGCCCUCCACUCUGAAAAUAAUUACCUUCGGAUUCAGGACGACACAUUAAGCAGGGAAGAAUGUUCUGUCGACAUAGCUACAAAAACAAAUUUGGAAGACCUUGUGAAAGUUGGUGAAAGACUUCUAAAGAAACCAGUUUCGAGAGUGAAUUUGGAGAGUGGCCUGUCUGAGCCGUCUGUCAAAGAGACUAAUGAGGAGGCUCUGGCAAGGUUCGCAAAAAUACUCUCCCAAGAGAAGCAGCUUCGCCGUGCUAGGUCACCCCAUGGAAAACAAUCUUGCAAGUUUUAAAGGAUAUAUGAUUGUGUAAUUAGAAUUGGUGAUUCUUUAUUAAUGUUGUAAUAAGGUGCUUAAUCAAGCCCAGGGUGUGGAAACAAACAUUCAUUGCGCUUCAAUAAGUACCAGGGGUAGACAUUUUAUGGUCUGAUUGUUUUAUCGGAUCAUGUAAAGCACUCCAUCUAUAAUUCAAUUUGUUUGAAUA